GUUGUCGACUAUGAUCCCUUACAUUUCAUUCGCUGCCAUGCGCGUGACAACGAUCCCCUUGAUUGCGAGACUAAGGUAUGGCGUUGUGCAUUCGAACCAAAUCCUCUCAAUCCGACCCAAGAAACCACCAAUGUCGUUGCUACUUGCGGCGGGGAAUGCGUUUGCCUUAUUGAUUGUCGUACUGGAAAGGUUAUGAAGAGGUUCAAGCACCAGGGCGAGGUAACUAUUUUUUCUUCAUAUCUGUUUGUUUUAUGA